AUGAUCAGAACUGUUAGAACUGCUCUAAGACAUCUACCCAAGCUCACCUCAAUACAAACAAUUUCCUUUUCAAGGCAAGCUACACGCAGCAUGUCUCAAUUACUUAAGAAACCAGUUAAAAUCGCCUUGAUACAACUGGCUAGUGGCUCUGACAAAUCUCAGAAUCUUGCACAUGCCCGCGAAAAGGUUCUUGAAGCUGCAUCAGCCGGUGCGAAAAUCAUUGUACUCCCUGAGUGUUUUAACUCUCCCUACGGUACUCAAUAUUUCCCCAAAUAUGCGGAUACUCUCCUACCUUCUCCCCCCACUUCUGAACAAUCGCCCUCAUUCCACGCCCUCAGUGCGAUGGCCGCGGAGACAAAAACGUAUCUCGUAGGCGGUAGUAUCCCAGAAUACUCUCCCACCACCAAAAACCAUUACAAUACCUCGUUAACAUUCUCCCCAUCUGGUGAAUUGUUGGCUACCCAUCGAAAGGUUCAUCUCUUUGAUAUCGAUAUUCCCGGGAAGAUCACAUUCAGAGAAUCGGAGGUUCUUUCUCCAGGUAAUCAUAUUACUAUGAUUGAUCUGCCAGAAUACGGUAAGAUAGCAGUGGCCAUUUGCUAUGAUGUUCGAUUCCCAGAGUUAGCUAUGAUUGCUGCGCGAAAGGGGUGUUUUGCCUUGAUAUACCCUGGCGCGUUCAAUACUACAACAGGUCCUCUACAUUGGAGAUUGCAAGGGCAGGCAAGAGCUAUGGACAAUCAGAUAUACGUGGCUUUGUGCAGCCCUGCGAGAGAUGAAACUGCCAGUUACCAUGCUUGGGGACACAGCUUGGUUGUUGAUCCAAUGGCACAGGUGCUUGUUGAAGCCGCUGAGAAAGAGGAGAUCGUUUAUGCUGAAUUGAAUGGAGAAAGAAUUGAAGAGACCAGAAAGGGAAUCCCGAUACAGACACAGAGAAGGUUUGAUAUAUAUAAAGAUGUCAGCGAAGACUUCAAGAAUGGAGAUGAAGAGUAA